AUGGCUGAAGGUGGGCGGCCUCUAGAUCUGUACUUACUGGAAUGUCCAAUUUGUCUUGAACGAUUCCAACAACCCAAGUCCUUACCCUGUCUUCACUCAUUCUGUCAGGAUUGUCUCGGGACUUACAUCACCCAAGAGAUCUGUGGGAAUACGGCCACCACAACAUCCUUUCCUUGCCCAGUGUGUAGGAAGAUUACCUCCCUUGUCAGUCAAGAGGAAACAAAAGAGCAAUGGGCGGAACAGUUUCCGACAAAUACUGUGAUCCAGGACCUUAUCCAGCUUAAGGAACGGUCACCGGAACCACUUUACUGUAAACCCUGUCAGACGAAAGGUAAUCCGGCAAAUCCAGCCAAAUUCUGGUGCCAGAUGAUGAACGUGAAUUUGUGUGAGACUUGUAAGGAACAAUACCAUGAUAUCUUACAUAGUGAUUGUAAUAUAUUGGAUAUCAGUGAAUACCACAUCAGGCAGACAGCACGUGAACAAUUGGUGCCUAAGUGUGACCAACACAACGAGAAAAUGGUUUGGUAUUGUGAUGACCACCGACGUCUUGGCUGUAACGUAUGUAUGAUCAGAGACCACAGGCCUUGUGGAGCGGUGAUGAUGGCAACAGAAUAUUUACAGAGUCUCAAGGUCGGAUCAAAGCGGGAAAACAUAGAAGCAGGGUUGAAAAGAGGAGUACAGGUCCUGAAAUCUCUAGUGAAAGACUUCAAUGAACAGCUCCAAUCUUUGGUACACAAUCAAGAAAGUUCACUGCAAAGUAUCACAAACCAACGUGAGAAUAUUGACAAACAACUUAACAAACUCCAGGUGGCGGUCACAGAUGAUUUGGUAAAAAUGUUUAAAGAUCAGAGAAGGGAUAAAGAGGCCUCGUUACAGCAGUGUGAACGGCUGAUGAACGGUAUGACUAAUACCCUGAAGUCGUCUGUUACAGCCAUAGAGAGUGAUAACGCUACCGAGGCGAUAACACUGUACCACAGAGGACAGGCAGAGGUGGAGUCGUGUAAGGCCCUGAUCACGGAGAUGAGCAAGUCCUACACGUCAGUCAGCAUUAAACACAAGUUCAACCCUAGAAAAGGUACUCUAGGUACCAAGAUGGGGGAGAUCGCUUUACAGAAACGACACCGACAGUUUCCCUGUGACCUUGGUUACCUAUCAGAGUAUUGUGUGAAACAAAUCAGGAAGAUCGACAUGACGAUUCCGUCAGAUGAAAAACAAUGUUGGUUACAUGGAGUUGUACACCUUUCAGAAUGCAUAGUGGUAAGUGAUACCAACAACAGGAGUCUGAAGCUGUUUACUGUCGAAGGAAAGUAUCAGCAUCACUUGAUCCUCGAUGGAAUUCCCCGCGACAUGUGUCUGAUGAACAAGAACACUUUGGCAGUGGCCGUCUCCUUUCCUGAUGGUAUACGUGUGGUGAAAGUCGAGGAUUCGAAACUAUCUCCAUUAUCUAACAUUGAUCUCUCCAUAGGUGUGUCUGGCAUAACGUACACAAACGGAAGGUUUGUCGUGGGUACCUACCGAGGAGUGUUUAGUCUAGCAGAAAAAGGUGGGAAUGAAUUGUUACUCAAACUAAGCAGCCCCUGUUUGUAUCUGGCAUGUGGUUUUGGAGGAGACACAGUCGUCAGUAUCAAGACGAACAAGGCAGGAAAUGUUGCGGUGUCCAGACUUUCUGCAGACAAUCAUUCUACCAAUGUGCUGAAGGUCGGUGUUGUGAGGGAUGUCAUGGGAAUAGAUGUAGACAGGAAGGGAAACAUCUUUGUAUGUGGAAGGGAGUCGAACAAUGUCGUACAGAUAUCUGGGGACGGGAAACGUGUCAGAGAACUUCUGACGUCACACGAAAUACGAGACCCUAUGGCAAUUUCUAUUUGUGAUGACAAGUUCGUGGUCACUGAUGAGAGCAAUUACAUCCGAAUCUUUCAACUCUAA